UGAAAUCAGCAACAAAUUCCCCAAAAACCGAGGUGUUUCAUGUGUCUCUCAAUCUGAUACGAUUAUCUUCACAGUGUUUGAGUUUUACUUCUAUAAAAACAUGGCAAUAACUGCUGAUCACAUCCGGGAUAAACUCAUGAAAGAGCUCCCGGCGUCACAUGUGGAUGUGGAGGAUACGUCUCCUAACAGAUGUGCUGCCAGCUUCAAAGUCCUGGUGGUUUCAUCGCAGUUUGAGGGAAAACCACUGCUGCAGAGACACAGGAUGGUGAACACGUGUCUGGCCGAGGAGCUGAAGGAGAUUCAUGCAUUUGAACAGAAGACGCUGACGCCGGAACAGUGGGAGAAGCAGAAGUCUCAGUGAGAUCUGUCUCGCUUCAUUCCCUGGAGUUUAGCACUGUUACCAUCAAACACAUCUGAAAACUUCUCCUCACUUUAAAGAGAUGCUGUCACAGAAAACCACCAUUAAAAUACUUGAUUGUGGAUUUUGGUGAGUGAAUGAUGAUGUUGGGGGUCUUGGUCUCAAAGCUUGAAUCUUGAAAACAGACAUACUGUUGCGGUGCUCAGUACCAGUAAACCAUGGAUUUUGAUUUCAUAGUGACUCUUUUCUGUAAUGAAAUUGUUUUUGAAUCUAGUAAAUGUUUUCUAUUAAGAGUAAAUAUGUUAUGUGUGAUAAUACUGAUGUACUUUCCAAUCUAAUACCAAAUCAAACCAUCAAUGGCUACCCAUACCGUGUAGUAAAGUAAUAUGAGGGUAACCCUGAACUAUUGUGGUAAGAGGAAGGAGUAAGAGGUAUUUGAUUUUAAAUUUGGAGCUAUUGAAGACACCAAGAGGGCAAACAGAAUUUGUGGAUUCAAUGAAAAAUGUCAAAAACAUGCAGUUAAAUUUUAAAGGCUAUAAUACCAGAAACUCAAUGAUCUGAGGGCCCUGCUUCAGAGAAGAGUGGUGAGAGGUAGAACCAGGUCCAGGGUGCAUUGCAUGCUUCUACUUAAGUGCCCUCCUCUCAA